UAAUUUCAGAAAUAAAAAGAUUCCCUGAAGUGAAUAGAGAAACUCUUCGUUCCAAGUUGACCGGGAGCAGGUAGCUACAGCGUGCCCGGGUCGGGUUCGGGCCGAAUGAUUUUGGGCCCAAUAGUCCAAGCCCACUACUGCCCAUUCGUCAAGUAACCAGUUUUCAUGCCGCCUCUUUAAUAUAAAACCCUAGGUUCCCCCCUUCUCCAAGAUUUCCCUUUCCUUUAGGUUUCUUGAUUAGGUUUUACCGGAAUAAAGACUUUUCCUAAUGGCUGCCAAUAAUGGUUCCCCAUCGAAUCUUCAGAAAGAGGAGAUCCUAGGAAUGGCUGAGAGAGAGAUGGAAUACAGAGUAGACCUCUUCAACAAGCUCACCCGCACUUGCUUUAAUAAAUGUGUUGAGAAAAGAUAUAAAGAAGCUGAGCUUUAUAUGGGUGAGAACAGUUGUAUUGAUCGUUGCGUCUCAAAAUAUUGGCAGGUAACAAACUUGGUUGGGCACCUCCUCAGUAACAGUAGACGAUAGACGUAAAGAAUUGCAGCUUUCUUCAGCAAUCAAAUUAGAUUCGAGUAGUCUGCUUAACUGCUUGGCCAUCGUGACUUCCAUUUGUAUCGCUACCGCGAUAGCUAGCUACAGUAACUACUUGCAAGCCAUUUUUACAUUUGAAAGGAAAAGUAACAAAUCUUAUGUACGAACGAGCUCUUAUUCCAUGUUUUCUCGUAUAUUCUGAAUGUUGGGCGUUCAUUAAUUUUGGAGGCCUUGUUUCAAGACAAUGCUCACAGAUAUUCGAGUUCCUUAAA